UUUUUUACAAGUUGUCUUGUCAGGAGGCGGAGACACUGUUGAGCAUGUUAACUUUCACUUUCUGCCUCUCUCCUGAUACCAUCAUGCCAAGGUUAUGGGUUAGGCUUUAUCGUUGGGUAUUGGUAUAGGUUAAUUCUCGCCAUGUUUCAGAACAGAUAAAAGUGCGUUUUCCGUCGUUUUUGACCGUGUAAGUUGAAGAGAUGUGGCCGUCUGUGACAUCCGUGAUCCUGGCCGGGUUGGUGUGGGCUUGGUCGGCUGCUGUGUCUGCAGACCCCGGUGAGUUUGGUGGUUUUGGUUUAAUCUAGUUUACUCGUUUUUCACACAAGCCUACAGUGGUUUAUGUGUGGGUUUUGCAUUUGUUAACGUUCAUGCUGAGUCGCAGCUUCACAAGUUCACGGCCCCACCCAGUUUUAACCAACAUGUGGAAAAAACUACAGAAACAUUUGCUAAUGGCAACCGUGAAGAAUAACAAAGUGUGCUAAGACUGCAAAAUGAGAGCAAAAGACGGUAGAAAUGAAUACAGAGCAAUGUAGAUAGGUAGUAAUGAGGUCUAAGUUGCGGUAUAGAUAGAAUGACUAAGAACUCAAAAAUUCUAAGCAUAGUUAGUAGUAUAUGUGCAGACCAUGGAAAAAUGCCAAAAACUGUGAAAAUUAUACUUUGAACUCUACAUUAUACAACUAGAAUACAAUAAAAUAUCAUGAAUUAGAAGGAAGGGUCAAAGAAAAUGUUUAAAAGAAAAGAAAAAUAUUGAAUGCAGGGGCGGAUCAAGAAUGGUUGACUCAGGUGGCCAGGCCCCUCUACAACUGAAUGCCUACCCCAGAAAAAAAAAUAAAAAUAAUGUAAUAUAAUUGGCUAUAUGUCUUGUCUGAGGUGAGAUGUCUGCAAACACAGACUAUUUUGGCAACAGGCAAGGUUGUAGCUUCCUUUGCUUUUUAAUUUGACACAUUAAAUGUCUAUUUAUAAUAUAUGAUACACAGGAAUUUGGUAUCUGUAUGAUUUGCCUUUUUUUUAACCACAAUAUCUUUAUUUGAGUUUUGCAGCAGCAUAAGACGAUCACAGUACAAACAAUCACGACAUGUAUGGCCUAGCCCUGGCUGCAUGUCCUUUCUCAUAGAUUAGCUGCCAAGUAUAGCAAAAGCACAUCGCAAAACAAAACAAAACAAUCACAAUAAAAACACAAAACAAACAAUAUGCUUCUCUUGUUAUAGGAUAGAUUAUAAACCAAAUAUAAUAGAUUGUGACACAAUGGUAAUGAUAAAGGCUAUGGGCAUUCAAAAAGUAACAGAAGAGAGAGAAAAUAAUUUUUAAAAUAAAUAAAUACAAUAAUGAUAGUAAUAAUGAUAAUAACUAUAACAGUAAAAAAGAAAAGACAUUAACAAUCACAGUUUUGGAGAUUUCCAUACCCACAGUAGUUAGUCAUCAGUUUGGUUUUGACAUAUUCAAUAAGGGGCUUCCAUAUACCUUCAAGUAUAUGCUGUUCGGCUUGACAACAUUUGUUUUAACCAUCGACUGGUACUUGGUUGAUGGGUCUUUUUCCAUGGUAAUGCAAUACAUUUUUUGGCAUUUAAUAAACUUCGAUCUAUAAAUGCUUUUUCGAUAUGCUAGUUUUUUUUUUAAUUAAUUAAUUAAUUAAUCAAUCAAUUAAUUAAUUAAUCAAUUAAUUUAUUAUUUUUGUUUGUUUUGUUUUCGUAAUCUAUUUAUGUUUUUUAUUUUUUCUUAGUACUAUUCUUAGCGGACUUAUAAAGGAGGAGAAGAAUAAAGAAAAAGGAGGAAAAUUGGAAGGAAAAAGGGAGAAAAGGGAAAGGAGGAAAAAAGGGAAAAAUAAAAAAAUAUAUAAAAAAAGAUAUAAAGGGAAUAGUAAGAGAGAGACUGAAAGAAAGUUAAGGGGGAAAGGAAAGGGACAAGGGAAAAGGAGAAGGGAAGAGAGAGAAAAAAAAGUGACUCCCUUUGUUAUUCUCUAUCUGGAUUGUUGUCUUUAGUUCGACUUUUGUAUCAUGUUCUUUCCAUAGUUAUACAGCGGUGUGGUAAAGGUGGGCAAAAUAAGCUUCGGCUUCAGCCCUAAACCUUUUCGGUCAAACAACCAUGUAAACCGUAAAUAUAUAUAUAUAUAUAUAUAUACACAUAUAUAUAUAUAUGUCUUACCUGCCUUGUUCUUUUCUGUUUAUUAUGUAUUAUGACCAAAAUAAAAUCUAUAAUUUAAGUUUUAAUAGACAGUAAUUAUGAGAAAUUGAGACUGGAAGGGUCAAUAAAUGCCUUUUAAUUUGCAUGUCUGCAUCCAAACAUGUGGUUCACGCCACCCCUACAUAAGUCAGUACCCAAGGUGAAAGGAAUAAAGAAUAAGCUCCUUUAUUUGUAGGGACUGAUUGGAGGAGAAAAAUAUGAUUUAAACAUCACAAAGUAUAAAUGUAUGAAACUUGGUUUUUCACACUGACUUUCUCUCUCCUCUUUAGGGUUACCACUGUAUGCGAAGUUUGGAGACGAAGUUGUCCUGAAACCAGAUUCAAGCUCUGGGCCUAUCACCAAAAUCAUCUGGAAACAUCGUGGAAACAUGGCUGCCCUUUUUGAAGGGGGUGCUGUUGAUUUUUAUCGCCAGUUUGAAGGUAAACCAACAGAAAAGGUUAUGAUGCAAUUUUUAGCUGUUACCUCUAUUCAGACUUUUAGUAACAAAAAGCUGCUUUAAACUUUCCCUGUUGAGGAGUUAUUUCUUUUUGUGUGUUGAAAGAACGAGGCAAUCUGAGCGUCGACACUGGAGAGCUGAAAAUCUGGGGACUAAAAGCAGGAGAUGAGGGAUUGUACAGCGUAGAAAUCAACGGCAACAGUGCGGGUUCAACAAAUCUUACAAUCCUUUGUGAGUAAAGAAUCACACGCAGUCACGAUAUUACAACAAGAACAUGUGAAUCUGGGAUUUAAAGGGAUAUUUCGGCGUGAAAUGAAUUUAGGGCCAAACACAGUAAAACAGAGUUAGACACCCCCUUGAGAGAUGGAUGUUGCCGACUGCUUGCUUCUAUAGUUUUACCAACUUUAGUAACGACCGCACAAUGGCAAUACACAGCAGUCUGGGGAGCCAUAAACAAACCUCAACCAAAACGCCACUCUAUAGCCACAAAUAAUGCUCAGAACAGCACCUAACUUCAUCAACAGUACAUAUAGGGUCCCAGCCACAGCACUAGCCACCAAACAUCUUUUUAACUUUGCCUAAUUUCUUUAGCAAAGAGACUAAACCUCAGGCCAGUCCAUUAUGGACUACAGCGGGGUGACGCAGCUCAAGGAAGAACAUUUAUGAUCAUUUCUUUAUCAUUUCUUUGAAGUAAUUAUCAUCAUAUUGAUCAUUUUGCACUGCAGACGCGGUAGUUCUUUCGCCUUAGUGUCUCGGUCUGAUUGCAUUUCUAUGAAGAAAUGUUCUUCCUUGAGCUGCGUCACCCCACAGCAGUCCGUAAUGGACUGGCCUGAGGUCUCGCUACAAACAAGCGGCUGCUGGAAGAGAGUAGGUGAGUUGUGUUUAGUCUCUUUGCUGGAGAAAUUAGGCAAAGUUAAAAGGAUGUUUGGUGGCCAGUGUGGUGGCUGGGACCCUAUAUGUCCUGUUGAUGAAGUUAGGUGCUGUUCUGAGCAUUAUUUGUGGCUAUAGAGUGGCGUUUUGGUUGAGGUUUGUGUGUGGAUCCUCAGACCGUUGUGUACUGCUAUCUGCGGUCGUUACUAAAGUUGGUAUAACUAGAGAAGCAAGCGGUUGGCAACAUUCAUCUCUUGAGGGGUUGUCUAACUCAGUGUUACUGUGUGUUUGACCCUAACUUAAUUUUACGCCGGAAUAUCCCUUUAACAUCUAUAACAGUCUGUUUCCGCAUUUUCUUCCAUAAUAAAUAACAGAUCCAGUUCCUAAACCUACUGUUAUAAAAGCCUGUGACACAGGAGGGGCAGGCUGUUUUUUCAUCUGUGAUGGAAACACCACAGGAGCUCAACCGUUCACCUACAAGUGGAACUCUGGGGGCACAGAGAAGACCAAACACAUUACAAAGGUAAUGUUUGAGUUUGUAAUAUGAUAAUAAGGGUUGGUGUGUGUUUCAGUCUCUCCAUCUUUCUCCUUCUUCUUUGGCUGUAAUGCAUUUUACAGUUUUGACUGAAUCACCAAUUUGGUUUAUAAAGGGGGCAGAGAAAUGGAGAAUUGCUCCACAAAGAGAAUACAUUUUUGCAUCAGUAGGGGACAUUUGUUAUUCAGAAAAUAAAUGUAUGUUACCACUACUGUGUUAUUCUGCUCGUAGGAUGACCAUGUGCAUGUUAGCGAUUUCAGCUGCGAGCUGGAGAAUCCCGUUAGUCGGGAGAUCAGCGAACCUGUCUUUAAUCCAUUCUUCUCACCAGGUAAGAAAUCAAUCUGUAAUAUAAAAAAACAAAAAGAAAACUCUCUCCAUAACGUUGCUGCACUUGUUGCUGCUGUUUUUGUAGUAACUAAAAGUACAGAAACUGCAGGAGGUCAGGACAUCUCGCCAGGAGGUCUGAAAAUCUCAACAGGAGUCACCGUCUUCAUCUGCCUGCUGACUGCUGUGCUUCUGGUGGUUUUCAUUCACAGGUGGAAAGCAGGUGAGGGAUAAAAACACAAUUUUCUAUCCAUUAUGAAUAAGUUAAAUACGCCGUGUAUUACAAGAUCAUUCCUGUGUAAAAAGUGCGCCAAAUUUUCAUCUUUCCUUUUGUUUUACAGGGAUGUGGUUCUACCAGAAAGGUAAGAGUUUGAAACCAUGAAGUAGCCACAUUUUAUCAGCUGUAGACAUUCUACUUGGUGAAAACAUUGCUGUUCUCAUCUCAUCCUUAUGGCUUUUCUAAAAGGGGACAUGCAAAAAGUAGAGGGCUUAAGAUUGUCUCGAUGAGGACUGGCUGAAGCAUAAUAUUAAAAGUUCUUUACAUAAUUGCAAAAACAAAGCAAAUAUUUCUUUGUCAUUAAAAAAAUAUUCGCCAGUUCGAAAAAUCGCUUUCGCUUAUACACACCGGGCGACCACUCUGUGGUACACACUUGCUGCGUCCGAAUUGCCCGCUCGGAUACUACAUGCUACUGCUACAUACUACUGCUAGAUCCUACUCCUACAUACUAAACACGUUGGCCCAAUUCGGACACACUAGAUGAGCGGUGGGGAAAGACGGCCCCCGCAGGCAGAGAGUAGGUACUGCGCCCGUGCAGACAGUGGUAACUGAAGCCCCUCAUCUGCUGGCCUGGCUGUAGUACUGCAGCUGUGCAGUUUACUGAUGGAAUAAGUGAGCUUUACUUCCAUGAUGUCGCCACAUAUUUGCUCAUAAAAUGAUUACUCGGGCAAAUAUGACACCAUGACAUGACAAAGAGAUACAACCGCACAUUUUUUAGGACAGAGUGUGAAGUUACAUGAAACCGCCAUGGUGCGCGCUGCUGUGGCCAGCCGGCGUUCGCGUCGCAUCUAUGCUGGUGGCGCUAGCAUCACAUGCGCUUCUACAACUUUUAAGAGGACGAAGAAGAAGCCCGCAGUGCAUUUUGGGUCAGUAGCAUGCCCGUAGGAUGCACCGCGACCAACCUACAAUGUGGGCGUGUCUAGUAUCUGAAGUAGUAUCUGAAGUAGCAUGCUACUCGCUCCGGUGGCCAAUUCGGACAUGCUAGAUACUACUUCGACUACUACUUCGACUACUACUUGGAAAUUCGGACACAGCUACUCUCUCCCAUCGUUGCUCUUGGUGCCAGUGGUGGUGUGUGUCGUGUGAACUGCAGCCGCAUGGGUCUGUGACGUCAUCAACAACAUGACUUUUGAUUGGCCAGAGGUCUAGCAGGUCCAGAUAUUUGCCUGCGACUCUCUGAAAAAUUCGACACAAGUGCGAAAAAAUAAAAGACGCUUUUCGCCCCGCGGAAAAAUCGCAGCCGGUGUGGAAGCUUGCAUUGACUUUAUGCUGUUUUAAAAAAAGGCGAAUAAUUUGCCUGGCGAAUUCGCGCCUGGUGUGUAAGGACCUUAAGACUCCAAAAUUCUUCCUUUAACCCACAGCAAAUGUUUACACUGACUCUCUUAAUUAUAUUUAUUGUAUUUCUGCCUCUGCAGCAUCCAUGCCAUGGGAAGCAGGUCAGUCAUUUCUUAACUUCUGAUUCCUUAUGUUUGCCUUAAUAAUCAAAUACUAGACUGUUUCUGUGCUUUCUUUUCAGACUUUUGGAGGAAGCAGGAGAGGCCACGUAAGUUUAAACCAAUUCUGUUUCUUUCUUUUUUUUUAAGAUAAAAUGAUCAAAAUCAUCUUUGAUUUUAAUUUCUUUACAGCAAGAGAUGCUGCUGAAUCCAACGGCACCACCUCUCGCCAAGAGAAGGGACAGACAGAUGGUAAUUUGCAUCCAAAAUGACACUAAAUGUAGAUUUUUUGCCAUUUUAGUAACAUGUGAUUCUUCUUUUUUUUGCAUGUGUUCUCCAUCAGAGGAAACACCAAUGGCAUAAGCAGCCAAAGAAUGCAGAGUCAGGACCUGUGGUGUGGGAAAAAGAAGUCCCAAGAAGAUCAGAGUGAGCCGGAAACAAAUAUGGAAUGUAGAUAAAGGACUUGUGCGUCCAUGUUUAUAUGGAUAUAAGAGAAAAACUGUCACUUCUCCCUCACAUGGACAGUUUAAAAGCCAAAAAAGUGAAAAAAAUACAGAAAUGAGAGCAUAUUAAAAGAACACAACUUAUAAAGACACUAAAGAGGGAAAUAUUGAAGUGGAAAGCGAAGGAGAAAAAAGGGCAGACUGUAGUAAACAUACUGACUAUAGUGACUAGGAACGAAAACAAAGUCACUGAGAGGCUAAGUGAGGGAGCUUCCGCAUUGGUGACUCGCUACACAAACCACAAGCCAUUUCCGUGUUUUCCGAUUGAGUUCACAUUUAUUUCCAACGCCGCACAAACAGACAGACAGGGCAAGGCAAGGCAAGGCAAGGCAAGGCAAGAUGAUCUAUGGGCUUAGUUUGAUGUUUAAAUCAAGCGGUCAACAAAAAAUACGCUCUCCCUACUCACCCCCUCUCCAUGCAGCCGCCGCAGCACCCAGGUGACUAUAUGUCCAUUCAUUCAAUCAUUCAAUCAUCGCGCCUUGACCACACCCCCUCGUGACGUGCAUGAAAGGUGCAGCCCAGACAGUUGAUGUCAACACACACAAACCUAACCACUUCUGCAUAUGGCACCUACAACCCAGCCCCUAAUUAUUACCAUUAUAAUAAUUACACUAUGACAAAUAAAUGAACCACGAAAUCCACCAAUGUUCUUGUAAUAGUCCAUCAAUACAGUUCAUCAAUGUGCUCUUCUUCCUGGAACACAAGUCAAGUCUAGCCAAGUUCAAAAGUUCAAAAGUUCAGACACACAGCUUCACGGAGGAAAGUCAUGUCGUGCUGUCGGUCAGUAAAGUCAAUCAAACUAUCCUUCCAGAACGGAAGAGUCAGGCAUCCGAUUCCUGCAGAAGACAGACUUUGGUUAUGGGCCUUUCCAAGGAGCUGGUCUUGGUCUUGAUCUGCAGCCGUCGCACAAAUCCUCUUCUGUCUGGGAAGGUUUGGAUAACCCUUCCCAUGACCCACGAGUUCCGUGGUGCUGUUUCAUCCACAAUAAGCACAACGUCCCCUUCUACAAAGUUGCGCUUGAUACCAGUCCACUUCUGACGUUCCUGCAACUGUGGCAAAUACUCCUUAGUCCAUCGCUUCCAAAAUAAAUCAGACAUGUACUGGACCUGCCUCCAGCGUCGAUGAGCGUAGAUGUCGUCUCUUUGAAACUGCCCAGGUGGCAGGGAAGGAGAGGUUUUCAACAGCAAGAGAUGGUUAGGCGUCAGAGCUUCGAGGUCAUUAGGGUCGGUUGAGGCCUUAGUAAUUGGACGGCCGUUAAUGACUGCUUCCACCUCACAGAGGACAGUGUGUAAUCCCUCCUCAUCCAGAUUUUGAACUUUCAAGAUGGAGUUCAAGACCUUGCGCACUGAUCUGAUCAACCUUUCCCAGGCACCACCAUGGUGCGAUCCAGCUGGGGGGUUAAAAAUCCAUUUCACCUCCUUCUGAAGAAGAACACCAUUUAUCUGAGCUUGAUUCCAACCUCUGAUAGCCUCUCUCAGCUCACGCUCUCCUCCAAUAAAGUUCGUUCCAUUGUCUGAUCGAAUUUCUUGGACUUGGCCACGUCUUGCCAUGAAUCGUCGUAGUGCAUUAAUAAAGGCGUCUGUAUCCAGCGAAGGAGCCACUUCGAUAUGAACAGCCCGUAUUGCCAAACAGGUGAACAUGACUCCAUAUCUCUUUACAAUGCUCCUCCGGCUCUUAACCUCGAAUGGUCCAAAGUAGUCCACACCGACUCUGGUGAAUGGAGGUUUGUCUGGGCAGACCCUGUCAACAGGAAGAUCAGCCAUCAGCUGACACCCUGGGGCAGCUUGCAACCUGCGGCAGACAACACACUUUGACAAAAUUCUCCUUAUGGCUGUGCUGACCCCAGGAAUCCAGUAUCUUUCACGUAGUUUGGACAACAUGUAGUUGCGUCCUCCAUGACCAACUUGUUGAUGUAUGUGUCUCAGGAGAACGUCUGAAAUGUGGAGCUCUUUGGUCAGAAUGGCAGGGUGUUUUGCGUCUUCAGGUAAGGCUGCUCGGCUCAACCGACCACCAACCCUCAGGAUACCAUCCUCCAACACAGGAGCGAGUUUGAAGAUGUGACUUCUCCUUUUCACACUUUCGCCCUUCUGCAAACUAGAGAGUUCAUCAGGAAACCUCUUCCUCUGACAAAACCUGAUGAUUUCCUUUUCAGCUACCUGCAACUCGUCUACCGUGAGGAAACCUCUCGGUGCCAGGUCUUUGAACCCUCCUUUUCCAAGCUCCGAGGACGGUCUUUGUUGUUUCCCUGACUCCGACUGAGUGGACGCAGAGUCAGUCCUCUUCUGGCUGAGACCCCGCAGCAUGUUUUUUAGCCUGAGAAACCAAGCCACAGCCCUUCUCAGAUGGGUCCAAGAGGAAAAAUGAUGGAUUAGUUGAGUGGUUGCAUCCACAUCCUCUGAGGCCUGCACUGCAUUCACUGCCACACUGGUCUUGACUUCUGGAUCGUUCAGCAGGAGUUCGCCCAAGCAAUCUGGACUCACAGGCCAGUCUCGCUCAGGUUGCAGGAGAUAUGCAGGUCCUGACAACCACGCCUUGUUCCUCAGGAACAUGUCAACCCUCAGUCCCCUGGAGGCCACAUCUGCAGGAUUGCUUAGGGUGUUUACAUACUUCCACUGCGAUGGAUCUGACACUUUGAGUAUUUCUGCUACCCUGUUGGCGACAAAGGUACGGAACCUGGAAGUCUCAUUCCUGAUGUACUUCAGCACAGAGGUGCUGUCAGUCCAAAACGUUGACUCUAUUAAUGAGAUGUGCAACUCCUUUUUCCAAAAGGUGUCCAGACGGCUUGCCAUUGUAGCAGCUGUGAGCUCCAUGCGGGGUAUUGAGACUGGCUUCAAAGGAGACACCCUGGACUUUCCCAUGACAAAGCUGCCGUGCAUCUGGGAACAUGCAUUCCGCAGGAGAAGGUAGGUCACUACACCAUAACCAUUAUUACUUGCAUCUGUAAAAUGGUGCAGUUGCGCCACAGUGACCUCACCAAAGUCUGGGGGUUUAAGGCACCGCGAAACCUGGAAGUGCUCUAACUGAUGGAGCUGCUCUAACCAGCUCGUCCAUUCCUGUGCAGCUGAUGGUGGUAUAGGGUCAUCCCAACCGAGUCUUUGCCUACACAGCUCCUGCAGGAUGAUCUUGGCAGAAAGAACAAUGGGACUCAAGGAUUCCUAGAGGAUCAUAUACUGAACUGAUGACAGAGAGGAUCCCCCUCCUUGUCAGGGGCCUGUCCUGCACCAGGAUUCUAAACUUGAAGACAUCAGACUGGAUGCACCAUUGCACCCCGAGCACCCUCUCCACUGGUAGCAGGUCAUGGUCCAAAUCCAGGUCCUUCAUGCCCUUAGCUCUUUGGUCCCCUGGAAUUGCUGCCAUCACUGCACGGCUAUUGCUCAUCCAUUUGGUCAACUUAAAGCCUCCUUUGGCACAUACAGAGACCAGGUCAUGAUACAGUGCCACUGCUUCUUCCUCACUGGCCGUCGAUACCAGACAAUCGUCCACAUAAAAGCAGUGCAGAAUCCUCUCAAUGGUCUCUCGGCAGAACUGUUCUUCAUUGUCCUUAGCACAUUUCCUCAAUGCAAAGUUAGCACAACUUGGUGAGGACGUUGCACCAAAAAGAUGUACCAUCAUUCUAAAGUCUACCAGGUCUUGGGUGCAGUCACCGUUGGGCCACCAGAGAAACCUCAGUAGAUCAGCAUCUUCCCUUGGCACCUUUACUUGGUGAAACAUGGACUCUAUGUCUGCCAUGAUCACUACCGGUUCUUUCCGGAAUCUGGCCAGGACGCCAAUCAGCGAGCUAGUGAGAUCUGGCCCUUGCAGCAGUUGAGCGUUGAGAGAUGCCGACUGGAAAGUGGCAGCACAGUCAAAAACCACACGGAUUUUUCCCUUUUGUGGGUGAUACACACCAUGGUGUGGGAUAUACCACAAUCUUCCAUCAGUACGUGCCAGCUCAUCUGAAGGUACUUGCUCUGCGUAUCCCUUGGUGACCAUAUCAUUCAUGAAAUCAGUGUACUGCUGAUGAAAUAACGAGUCCCUUUUGAACCUCCUCUUCAGGUUUAGAGCACGCUGCUCGGCAACCUUCUUGUUAUUUGGCAUGGUCACGGAGCUUCGCAGGGGCAAUGCAAUCUGGUAAUGACCAUCUACAAGCUUGGCUGAAUCCUGGACCAACUUCAUGAACUUUUGGUCCUCUCUUGACUGGCCAGGUUGCUCAUCGUAGCCACAUUCUGGGAAAUCUGUUCUGAACUGCUGCUGCCAGAGCUCCUCCAAGUUCAGGACUGAAAUUCUGUUAACGGUCGCAACAUCCAUUCCAUCACCACUGUUUCCCCCCAGUGGCCCAUUAACAGUCCAACCCAAAAUAGUCUUGAUGGCAUACGGUCCAUUGUCCACACUACGGAUGACUUGUAAUGGUUCCAGUGCCCUUGGUACGUUUGUUCCAAUCAACAGCUCAACUUCGGAGUCGAUAUCAGGUAAGUGAACAUCUCUCAAGUAUGCCCACCUCUCGAGAUCCUUUUGACAUGGAAUAUUUCCUCUAUGCACCGGCAUGCACUCCUGUGUAUAGGUGUUGGGCAAAUCACAGUAUGUCUCUCCGUCCAAACCGGCCACCUCCAGUCCCGUGACCACACAGCUGUUAACGACCUUUUCCUGACCCAUUGUCCGCAAAAGGAUUCUUGUCCUUUUUCCUGAGAGGUUGAGCUUGUUCAUGAGGUUUACUGUGCAGAAAACAGCCGUGCUACCUUGAUCCAAGAAGGCAUAAGUAGCCACUACAUGAUUACCUUUCUUGGAUUUAACCAAUACAGGAACUAUAGGAAGCUUGCACUCAUGGCCACCAGCCCCAGUCAACCCAUUAGAUACCAGAGCACAGCCCACUGCGGCGCCUGGUUCUUCUUCUGUCACUGGGUCCUUUUCCUUUGAAUGGAUGUGAAGCAUUGUGGGGUGUUUCAAACUACACACUUUACAUGAUAGACGCUUUCGACAGUCCUUGCUGAUGUGUCCUAUACACAAACAGCCGAAGCAUAUUCCCUUUUCCCUUAAAAAGGUGAUCUUUUCAGUGUGAGUCAUCUUCUCCAUUCGAGAGCAAUACUCCAACAUGUGCCCACCCUCACAAAACAGACAGACUUUCUUGGCUGAUGAGGUUGUGUCUGGCCUCCUUCCUUUUGUUGCUGUGUAAUUGUGCUGUACAGUAGUCACUGUUGUAGCGAAACUACUUCCCUUUGGCCGAGAUCUAGGUUUUAAGCUGGUUCGAUUCAUGCCUCUGUUUACUGCUGGUGAUGAGUCUUGAAUGUCUCCAAAUACUGGGUCUGUUAGAAUCCUUGCUUGCCUUUCGAUGAAAUGGACAAUAUCAUUGAAUGUAGCCCUUUGGUUACGUCUUUCUUGUAUUUCACAAGCAGUUGUCCUCCAUCGAUCCCUCAGCUUGUAAGGCAGUUUUUUUAUUAUUGUCAGCAUGUUAGCAGGCAUAUUCAUCUCAAACAUAUACUGCACUUCGUUCAUCGCAUUUGCGCAGCCUCUGAGAAAUAGGCUAUAAUCUUGGAGAGCUUUAACGUCCUCUGAUUUUAUUGGAGCCCAUGACAACGCCUUGUCCAUAUAAGCAGCAGCAACCCUCUGUUCAUCCCCAAAAUGUUCUUGUAAUAGGAUUUUAGCUUGAGCAUAGCCCCUGUUUGGGUCCAUAUGCUGGCAGCUUCUCACAAGAUCUCUUGGACGACCUCUAGUGUAUUGCUCGAGGAAGUACAGGCAAUCACUAUGACUGUUGGACUUGCUUUCAAUACAGUUUUCAAAGGCUCUCAGGAACGUAUGGAACUGCAGUGGGUCACCAUCAAACACCUGGAUGUCUCUUUUAGGCAAGAGCGCAUGUUGCUGCUGUUGUAUCAGUAGUGUUGUAAUUUCAUUCUGUCUUUUCAUGAUGUCAAGAACAUUGUUUUGCUCCCCAUGACUUGCUGAAUCCCCAACAUUAAGACUGAUUCCAUGAUGUAAGUGAUCAUUAUGAGCAUUGAGCAGAGGAUUAAAAUCAGGUAAGUGGCUCUUCAAAGUGGGAGGCUGAAAGUGAACAGCAUGGGUCGAUCCAUCUGAUUUAGGCCUUGUCACAGGGUCACUGUCCAUGAUUUUCGAUUGCUGUUUAGAUGUUUCCAGCCUCAGAGGAAUGAAAGGAGUGGCAUUGACAUUGAACUUUGUUGUUUCUUGUUCAUUUUUAACGUAGGAACUCAUUGCAUUGGACCUGUCUGUUGUAAUACUUUUCGAACCAGAUAUGCUUGCAGCCCUUAGAACGCUCACUUUAGCCAAGUGUGCAGCAAUCUCUUCAUCCAACUUGAGCUUUUCCUUGCGUUUCCGUAUUUGCUGCUCCUCCUCUUCCAGUGCAUGUCUGUCCUGUAAAAGUUUUUGCCGUGCCAUCAGUGCAGCUAAAUCAGCUUCUGCCUUGAUGCGAGCAGAAGAAGUUCCUGAUACGUUGGACCUUUUACCACUCCCAGAGCUUUUUCCACUCACAGCACUUUUUGCAGAUCGUUUGCUUUGCACAUUUGAUAUGCUAUCACUUGGGUUCACGUCAUCCUGUAGACCUUCAUAAGGUGUGAUGGGGCCUGUGUCCUGUGCUGCUGCCUGUAAAGCAUCAUCUAUUUGAGGGUCACACACGUGCUUUGUUGCUGCGGCCUCAUCAUUAUCCACGAUAUUUAGAACAUGUUCAUUCUCAUCCAACCACUGAAUCACAUCAUCCUUGAAUGUACUGCUGUAACGUUCAAUACUGGAGAACCAAUCAUUCUGUUUAAGUUUUUCAUCCUCGGGUAACAGUGGAAUUAUUGUUUGAUGCAGGUUGAUAGCAGUAUCAAGGAGCUGAGUAAUAGUUUGCAACUGAGAUUUCACUUCCUGUACAUUUUCCUUUCGUUUCAUCAGCUCUUUCAUUGCAGGUAUUAAGCCUUUUAUUUUAUUCACAUGUGUUUUACGUUCAUUUUGUAGAUUUACCACUUUAUAUGCCAAUGCUUUUGCAGUAAGUUUCACAUUCCUUUUAGCAACCACAGUUUCAUUGUUUUCCACUUGUUCCAUGGCUUCACUCAUAUUGUCCUUUUGAGAUUCGGCAGUUCAGUGGUUCGCGCAGUGAAUCCACAAUACACCCAGCAUAGUUUUAUUUUUCCACAGAUUGUUUCACAUCAAUUAACAUCGGAAAACACCACAGGUAUUUACUCUCAACGAGCAGGACAGGCUGUCUCAGCGGACUUUCACACACGCGCAGCGCUCCCCAAUGGAUGCGCUGUAUGCGCUGCAAUCAAACUGCGUUCCGUCCAACAUACACAGAAUGAAUGGAUGCGAGUGAUACAGUCCUACCGGUCUGAAGUCCACGUUGCGAUCAGUCUGGCGUUGCAGUUAGACACCGUGUGGCGUGAUCGCGUCCGUAUAUGCCGUUCGGGUGUUGGUACUCCUUUUUUGUUGACAAAAUAUAGUGACUAGGAACGAAAACAAAGUCACUGAGAGGCUAAGUGAGGGAGCUUCCGCAUUGGUGACUCGCUACACAAACCACAAGCCAUUUCCGUGUUUUCCGAUUGAGUUCACAUUUAUUUCCAACGCCGCACAAACAGACAGACAGGGCAAGGCAAGGCAAGGCAAGGCAAGGCAAGAUGAUCUAUGGGCUUAGUUUGAUGUUUAAAUCAAGCGGUCAACAAAAAAUACGCUCUCCCUACUCACCCCCUCUCCAUGCAGCCGCCGCAGCACCCAGGUGACUAUAUGUCCAUUCAUUCAAUCAUUCAAUCAUCGCGCCUUGACCACACCCCCUCGUGACGUGCAUGAAAGGUGCAGCCCAGACAGUUGAUGUCAACACACACAAACCUAACCACUUCUGCAUAUGGCACCUACACUGACUUUAACAGAAGCUUUUGGACUUGACUUGAAGACAGUCUCAUAUGUUCUUGUUCCUAAAGUGGCAGCGAGGGGCCUCACACUUCAGACAAUACCAGGAAACCCUCCAAUGUGUCUUUCCCUCUCUGUACCUGUUACCUUGAGCUCGUUAAACCCCCGUCAGCGGAGAGGAGUUUGUGAUUCAAAGCCUGUGUGCUAAGGAUUCCAGCAUCCUGGACGGGGUGGGCAGGAACUGGACUGAUAACAGAAUAACAGAGGGGAGAGAAAAGGGACGCCAUUGUCUGGCGUGCGUGCGUUCGCCAGCUCGGCCAACAAUCAGGUCAUUGUGCAGGACUUUACUGCCGACUCCUCAGCAACAGAUCCACGUGUUUGUUGCGGGUCUUUGAACUUCCUGAAUGGUUUGAAGCUCAAAGAAAGUCAAUCAGUUAUUACAUGUGUGAUUUUAUUGUUUUACCCAUUACUGCGUAACUGAAUUUGUAUCCUGCAUGUAGCUUUAAACCCUCAAGUGGAAACUUGUUCUUGUGGCUUUCUGACACUAUUUUUAGCACGUUUUAUUCUUUGGGGGAUUUGUAUUUUUAGUUUUUUUGUCCUCAAUAGCCAAAAGUAUCAAGCCUUUUACUGUGAGGGUGUUUUUUGAAGCUCAACUUUACAUAUCAGUCAUUUUUUCUUUUGGAAAACCUAACAAUUCUGAAAAAGAGACUCAAUUUUCCACAUAAAAUGACACUAAUUUGUGCACUCUCCAUUUUUGGUGUAUUCAAUGUGGGUAUUUGCUGUGUUAAAAACAUAUAAAUAGGGUCUAUAUUGGCUGUAGUAUCUACUAAAAUGAAUAAAAACAGCCUCUAAUGAAA